CAUCGCCAGCAGCAGCAGCAGCAGCAGCAGCAGCAAGGAGGAUUGCAAACAGCAGCAGCAGCAGCAGCAGCAGAUUCAUGCUAUAAAGAAGUGCCAAUAAUAAUGAAGAAUUUAGGUGUAUAUACAAAGAGAGCAGCAGCAACAAGAUACAGCAGAUACAGCAGACACAGCAGCAGCAGCAGCAGUAGCAGCAGCAGCAGCAAAAGGACAGACAUUACUGCAGCAGCAAAUAUGGCAGCAGUAGCAGCAGCAAGUGACGCAGCAGCAGCAGAGAGCUCAGCAGCAGAGAAUGCAACUGCAACUACUGCAGCAGAUGAUGCAGCAGCAGCAGCUGCUGCUGCAGCAGAUAGUGCAGCAGCUGCAGCAGCACCUGCAGCACCAGAUGCUGCAGCAUCUGCAGCAGCACCAGAAGCAGCAGCAGAUAAUAAAGCACCUGCUGCAGGACCAGACGCUGCAGGAGCAGCAGCAGCAGCAGAUGAUGAUGCAGAAGCAGCAGAAGCAGCAGCGUUUGUCUAUCCUUUCUUACAAGAGGCAGCAAUCCUUUGUAAAGAAUACGACGAAUACAAAGAAGCAGCAGCAGCAGCAGCAGCAACAGGACCAGCAGCAGCAGCAACAGCAGCAGCAGCAGCAACAACAGUAACAACAACAGUAACAACAAUAGUAACAACAGAGACAAUAACAACAACAGCAGCAGAAACAGAUGCAGCAACAGCAGCAGCAGAAGCCGCAACAGCAGCAGCAGCAGCAGCAGCAGCAACAGCAGCAGCAGCAGCAGCAGCAGAAGAGGAGGAAAGAAGAAGAAAAACUAAAAAAGAAGAAUUAAUUAAAGAAAAAUGUGCUUCUUUUCUUUAA